GGUAAAAUUAGCUCUGUCUUUUCCUUAUCAAACUCGAAAACAAAGGAAGCAAAGGAUCCAUGUCCUCUGAUACUUUCGACAGCUUGUAUUACCAGCAUCGUCGUCAGUGACAAGCUGUUUCUUACAAUGCAGUUCCGCCACUAUAUAUAGGUAUCGACACUGUAGAACUAAAUCAACCUAAUAGGCCUUACUUUUCAAUUUAUACACUAAAAUAUUGAUCACGCGUUCAAGAACUGAAUCACAUGAAUUCAGCUGUCACCAAGGAAAGCAUCAUUGAAGUAGGACUCGAGGAGGUGGAGCACGGCCAUAGUGUCAAAAUUCAAGAACUGAAUCACAUGAAUUCCGUCUUGUAUAAUGCUGUCACCAAGGAUAACAUUGAGGUCCUCCUGGAGAGUGAGCACAGGCUUGCUAUCGACAAACAACUGACUCCUACAAAGGACACAGUACUUCAUCUAGCAAGCCAAUACGGUAGCAUAAACUGUCUGGAACACAUGUUAAGUGUCCAUAAGUCCCUUCUAUUACUGAUCAACUCAACUGGUGAGACUGCACUUCACCUGGCAGCAAGAGAAGGACACUUCGAAGUAGUUCAAGAGCUCCUUGAUGCAGCCAAGUCUUCGCCUCUAACAGCUGAAUCUUCGCAAAACACAUCAUUAACUGCACUGCAAGUUCUGAUUAGAACAACCGACAUGGAACGUGAAACGGCCUUGCACUUGGCUGUAAGAUACAAUCACAAAGAGGUGGUUCAACUGCUGUUAAAUGAGGAUCCAAGCCAUGUAUAUCCUCGGAAUAAGUAUGGUGAAACUCCACUCUACAUGGCUUCUUUCAGGUGUCAUGUAGAUAUAGUAAAAACAAUUCUUGAAAAUUCUGAAUCCCCAACAUUUGGUGGUCCUAAUCAAAGAACUGCUCUGCAUGCAGCACUUUCCCAUACUGGAGGACCUGCCCCAAGGGUUACUGAAGUCCCCAAGGAGCCCGGGCAACCACUCGAGGCCAUAUUCAUCCGCCCCUGUGUUUCAGCAUGCGUGAAACUUCUAUUAGAAAAGGACAGAGGUCUCAUCAAGAAAGCAGACUGCUACGGAUGGACAGCAUUUCAUUAUGCGGCACAUAAUGAUCUUUAUAGCAUAGUUAAGGAUCUUGUUGCUGCAGACAAAUCUGUCGGGUACCUAACAGAUUUGUAUCAUGGUAAAACAGCUCUGCAUGUAGCAGCAUAUCAAGGCAAUUAUAUUGUGAUGCACAAACUUGUGCAAUAUUUUCCGGAUUCCUUGCAGACGGUGGAUUGGCAAGGGAGAAAUAUAUUGCACAUAGCCGCGGAGCAGGACCAAAAGAAGGUGAUUAACUUUAUCAUGUCACUUAAUUAUAAGGAACUUAACAAACUUAUGAAUCGAAGGGACAGGGAAGGAAAUACGCCUCUCCACCUCGUUGCCAGGUUCGGAUGUUAUCUCAAGAAAUUGAUGGUGCUGACGAAGGGAAGUGACUGGGAUGUACUGAAUAACGAAGGUCUCAGUCCGUUGGAUGUGAUAGAUGAUGUACCUAUCGAUAGUUAUACGGCUGGUCAUAGGAUGAUAAAAGGACGACUGUACGCAGCCAAAUUUCAAGGGCAGUACUUACCGCUGCAAGACGUGGAGAUAGAGAUGCAUGAAGUGAAGAUGAAAGACCCAGAGAAGCGAAAAAACAAGAGGCAAAGAGUGAAGGAUUUAACAAGCCGUUAUGUCGAAAAAUAUGAAAAAGCCAUCAAUACCCAUAUUAUAGUGGCUGCAUUAAUAGCCACGGUAGCCUUGACAGCAGGUUUCGCCAUGCCAGGCGGUUUUAAUUCUACUGAAGGAUCCAAAUACGCAGGAUCUCCAAUGCUUCUACCAAAGGCUGCCUUCUGGAUAUUUAUAAUAACAGAUGCCACAGCCUUGGUACUUUCGAUUAUAUCAUUAUUCCUCUACUUCUUGACAAUAUUGUACAAAGAGGAAGGCAUUGUUGGUCAAUCCAUGUUCUGGCCCUCUUGCGUUCUCAACGGCUUAUCCAUUGUGGCAAUGAUGGUGGCUUUCAUGUCAGGGACUUUCGCUAUACUAGCAGCUCAUGCAUUACCACUGGCUAUUAUUGUUUGCCUCGUCUCUUUUCCUUUCUUUCUCUUUCUCUUAUAUGCAUUUAUUUCACUAUACAUUUACCAGGUAGCCGAGUACAAGAUGGUUGUGUUCGGGACCUGGUAAAAUUUAUCUCCUUCUGUCUCAUAUUCAAAUAAAGAAAUCUUACAAUCAUAAUUGUAAUAUUAUUUA